UUAAGGAGGCGGGGCUCUACCCGGAGGAGGUGGAGAAGGUCUGCCCCUCGGAUCUCCGGUUUCCGGCAACUCGGCGGGACCGGAGCCUGCUCGCAGAAUUUGAGGUCCGAGGCUUCCUCGCACCAGCUGGACGCCGAGCCCCGCGAGAUGAGAACAUUGAGGCCCCCCAGGAGCCCACAGUGUUACGGCCAGAAGCAGCAGAAUCGGGAAUCAAACCCAGACCUCUGUAAAUUAUCUUCCUAAUAAUUGGGAGAAGACCCUUGGCUGAAUGGCAGCUGUAGAUGACUUGCAGUUUGAAGAAUUUGGUGAUACAGCUACUUCUCUAGCAGCAAACCCAGAUGCCACCACAAUAAGCAUCGAGGAUCCUGGUGAAACCCCAAAACACCAGCCAGGACCCCCAGGAGGCUCAGGGAGAGAAGAGGAUGAUGAGUUACUAGGAAAUGAUGACUCUGACAAAACUGAGUUACUUGCUGGACAGAAGAAAAGCUCCCCCUUCUGGACAUUUGAAUACUAUCAAACAUUCUUUGAUGUAGACACUUACCAGGUCUUUGACAGAAUAAAGGGGUCUCUUUUGCCAAUACCAGGAAAAAACUUUGUGAGGUUGUAUAUCCGCAGCAACCCAGAUCUCUAUGGCCCCUUUUGGAUAUGUGCCACGUUGGUCUUCGCCAUAGCAAUUAGUGGGAAUCUUUCCAACUUCUUAAUCCAUCUGGGAAGGAAGACAUACCAUUAUGUGCCCGAAUUCCGAAAAGUGUCCAUCGCAGCCACAAUCAUCUAUGCCUAUGCCUGGCUGGUUCCUCUUGCACUCUGGGGUUUCCUUGUGUGGAGAAACAGUAAAGUUAUGAACAUCGUUUCCUAUUCAUUUUUGGAGAUUGUGUGCGUCUACGGAUAUUCACUCUUCAUUUAUAUCCCCACAGCGAUACUGUGGAUCAUCCCCCAGAAAGUGGUCCGCUGGAUUCUAGUUAUGAUUGCCCUGGGCAUCUCAGGCUCUGUCUUGGCAAUGACAUUUUGGCCAGCAGUUCGUGAGGACAACCGACGCAUCGCAUUGGCCACAAUUGUGACGAUUGUGUUGCUUCACAUGCUGCUUUCUGUGGGCUGCCUGGCCUACUUUUUUGAUGCACCAGAGAUGGACCAUCUCCCAACAAGCACAGCUGCUCCAAACCAAACAGCUGCAGCAGCCAAGUCCAGCUAAAGGGGAAAGUGAGCGAUCACCGUUUCAUCUUCUUGCUAUGAGUUCUCCUCAGUGGGUUUUGGAGUGUGGUUCUUUCGGACAUGGCAUCCGCUGCAGAAAAGCAGAACGACCAAAGCGCAGGAAAACGGAUGGAAUGGCCCCAACCCCCAACAUCUGGGGGGUGCCACACUGAAGCCUAAUCACCUAUUUAACAAACAAAAAUUAAAUGUUGUUGAGACGUGUCACUCAGCUCUUCUCUCUCACUGUCACUUGUCAUUGUGACUGUGCACUGGUUUGGAGAGAAGUACGAGGGGCUGGGUGAGGCUGCUCAAGUGCCCUGCGUGUGCCUCUCGUGGUCACGUGGUGUGCUUCACGUUAGGUGCACCCUUAGUCCCUGAAAUGGAUCCAUCCUAACUUGGGUGUCUUUUCUCUGGCUCGUGUACAGAUUACCUAGGUGAGCCUCUGCUCCCCUUGCCAUCCUAAAGUGGCCAAACAGCAUGAACUUUGGUUGGGAUUCAUUGGGAGGCUGAAAAUUUGUCUUUGGUGACCUGACUCUGGGCAACUGAACCUAAUGGUUGCGAAAUAAAUACAAAAUACAAAAAUAAUAAUAAUAA